CUCUCCCUUAGAUCACAUGAUUUGUGAUCAUGUGGUCACCUCGCAGGUUCUCUUUCUGAUUCCAGGAUUCGUUUGUCUUUAAACAAGCCUUCAUUUGCGUUUUGUUUCGAUCUCCUGUCAUUUAUAAGACUUUAAAUCAUCCACCUCGUGUUGCUUUCAGGCUCUAAAAGGCCCAUUAGGUGUGUAGCUCUUGUGUAGAUCCUGUUAUUUAGCUCGCUGUUAGCUAAGUUAGCCUUGCUAGCUGUGCUGGGGGAACGUAAACACCGGAAAUGCAGAAGAGGUUUAUUUCAUUUUAGAUCAUUCUUCAGGUCAGUAUUAAAGAUAGAAUGGCGACUAUCCUGGAUGAUUAUGAAGACUCUCAGAUGAUCAGACACCCGGUUCAGUCUGGACGCCUUCCUGCGGCCAACAUGAUAGGGAUAACUCACUCAGGAUUCGUGAACGUGAGGCUGGAGGAAGAAAAGCCCAUCUUCAACAAGCAGCGGAUCGAUUUCACGCCUCCUGAGAAGAUCAAUCACUUUGCCGUCUGCAACAACCAGCUCUGUAUGAGUCUGGGGAAGGACACUCUGCUCAGGAUCGAUCUGGGGAAACCGGAUCAGCCCAACCAGAUAGAGUUGGGAAGGAAGGACGACAGUAAAGUAUAUAAACUCUUUCUGGAUCCGACAGGAUCUCACUUGGUGAUUAGUCUGACCACGAGCGAGUGCGUCUACCUGAACAGAAACACUCAGAAGGUCCGCAGCCUCUCCAGGUGGAGGGGUCACUUAAUAGAGAGCGUCGGCUGGAACAAGAUUCUUGGCAAUGAAACGAACACCGGUCCGAUUCUGGUGGGAACGAGUCAGGGUAUCAUUUUUGAGGCUGAGAUCUCUGCUUCUGAGGGUUCUCUCUUCAACACCAACCCAGACCAGUACUUCAGACAGGUUCAUUCCUUGGAAGAAGACGGAAAGCCGGCUCCGGUUUGCUGUCUGGAUGUGGAACGUGGGAUCGAGUCGAAGUACUUCAUCAUCGCCACCACUCGCAAACGGCUCUUUCAGUUCAUGGGCAAGUUAGCCGAAGGUUCCGAGCAGCAGGGCUUUAGCUCGAUCUUCGCUCAGAAUCAGGAUGUCUUGCCGAGUUUCCAGGAGUUUCCCGUUAACAUGGGCUACAGCGAGAUCGGAUUCUACACCUCCAAGCUCCGCUCCAGCCCGAACUCCUUCGCGUGGAUGAUGGGAAACGGGGUCCUGUACGGCCACCUGGACUACACUCGGCCCGACUCCCUUCUCACCGACGUCAAGGUGUGGGAUUACACGCCGGAAAUCGACUUGAACUACAUCAAGCCCAUCUCCAUUGUGCUCACCCAGUUCCAUUUUCUGCUUCUGCUCCCCGAUCGUGUCAAGGCCAUAUGCACCUUGAAUGGUCAAGUCGUCUACGAGGAUGUCUUCCCCGAUAAGUUCGGCUCCCUCAAAAAGAUGAUCAAAGAUCCCAUAGGAGGACUGGUCUGGAUCUACACAGAGAAAGCCGUCUUCCGGUAUCACAUCCAGAGGGAGUCCAGAGACGUCUGGCAGAUGUACAUGAACAUGAAGAAGUUUGACCUGGCCAAAGAGUACUGCAAGGAUCGGCCCGAGUGCAAGGACACGGUGCUGGCCAAGGAAGCCGAACACUGGUUCCAGAACAAGCAUUAUCUGGAAAGCGCCAAGUGCUACGCUCUGACGCAGAACUACUUCGAAGAGAUUGCGCUGAAGUUCAUCGAAGCCAAGCAGGAGGAAGCUCUGAAGGAAUUCCUCCUCCGGAAACUGAACAACCUCAAACCCGGAGAGAAGACACAGAUCACGCUGCUGGUCACCUGGUUGACCGAGUUGUACCUCAACCGUCUGGGGCAACUGGAGGCGGAAGAGGAAAACAAGCGGAGCGGCCGGUUUCAGGAAAUGCGUGAGGAAUUCCGGCGCUUCCUGGGUAGCGGCAAGCACAAGGAGUGCUUCUAUAACAACCGGAGCACCAUCUACGAUCUCCUGGCAAGCCACGGCAACGUAGACGACAUGGUGUAUUUCUCCGUCAUCAUGCAGGACUACGAGAGGGUCAUCUCGCACUACUGCCAGCACGACGACUACUCCGCGGCGCUCGACGUACUCUCCAAGCACUGCGACGAAAAGCUCUUCUACAAGUUCUCCCCGGUUCUCAUGCAGCACAUUCCCAAGCAAGUAGUGGACGCCUGGAUCCACAUGGGCAACAGACUCGAUCCCAAGCAGCUGAUCCCAGCACUGGUGAACUACAGCCAGAUCGGCAGCACACAGCAGAUCGACGAGACCAUCCGCUACAUGGAAUUCUGCGUCAACGAGCUCGCCGUGAAGGACGAAGCCAUCCACAAUUAUCUGCUGUCGCUCUACGCCAAGUACAAGCAUGAUUCUUUGCUCUGGUACCUCGAGCAGGCAGGAACGCACGCCUCGGAGAUCCAUUACGACCUGAAAUACGCCUUACGUCUCUGCGCUGAACACGGCUAUCUACAGGCCUGCGUGCUGGUCUACAGGAUCAUGGAGCUGUAUGAAGAAGCUGUGGAUUUGGCCUUGAAGGUGGACGUGGAUUUGGCCAAGUCGUGUGCCGACCUCCCGGAAGAUGACGAGGAGCUGAGGAAGAAGCUGUGGCUGAAGAUCGCCCGUCACGUGGUUCAGGAGGAGAAGGAUGUGAAGAAAGCCAUGAACUGUCUGUCCAGCUGCAACCUGCUGAAGAUCGAGGACAUCCUGCCUUUCUUCCCGGACUUUGUGACCAUCGACCACUUCAAGGAGGCCAUCUGCCUCUCUCUGGAUGAAUACCACCAGCACAUCGAGGAGCUCAAGCAGGAGAUGGAGGAGGCCACGGAGAGCGCUCGGCGCAUCCGCCAGGACAUCCAGGAGAUGAGGAACAAGUACGGCGUGGUGGAGUCUCAGGAGAAGUGCGCCACUUGUGACUUCCCCUUACUCAACCGACCCUUCUAUCUCUUCCUGUGCGGACACAUGUUCCAUUACGACUGCCUCUUCCAGGAGGUCACACCGCACCUCUCGGCCUACAAGCAGAGCAAGCUGGAGGAGCUGCAGAAGAAGCUCGCCGCCACCACGCAAACCACCAAAUCUCGCCACAGACCCAAGGAGGAGGACACUGUGAGCCUGGGGAAAGGCCAGGGCAGCCGAGAGCAGAUCAAAUCGGACAUCGACGAUAUCGUGGCGUCCGAGUGUGCCUACUGCGGUGAGCUGAUGAUCAAAUCCAUCGACAAGCCUUUCAUCGAUCCGCACAGGUUCGAGGAAGAAAUGUCCAGCUGGCUCUGACCCCGAUCUCGUCCGUAACACGCACCCGAGCCGAGCAUUCUGUCCAUGCACCAACAUUUCAGCUUUCAACUCUCACACUGCCUGUGUGUGUCUUACUCGAUACUGACACGAGUAGCAUCCAGAUCGUCUGCUCAAUCCUAAACACCACUACUUUACCCGUGCCUCUGUGUGUGAAGAAGGACAUGCUUUAACGUGUAUCACACGGCUUUACACCAAUAAACCGUACAGCAUCGUG